GUGCCAAAACCUUGCCCCAGCGAUUCACUCGCUUGCGUUUUCAUCGAUUCGGCAAAGAUUAUUGCUGAAACGAUGGAAUAUUAUUACAUAAAAUUCCGCGAAUUUUUUGGCUUAUUUGGAAUUCAACUUGCCCAAGGAGAUGAUAAAAAGCAUUCUGGCGAGCCGGAAAAGCGUGAUAUCGAAAAAGAUCGAGAUUCACUAAAAAUCGAACCAGGCUAUGAAAAGCGGAUGUUGGACUCGGAGACUAUGCAUAGGAGACAGAAAAGCGGUAGCGAAUUGAAGAUUGAACCUUCUGACCCAAGAGAACUAAAAUCGCGAAAGCAAAUGAUAAGACUUAUGGAGAAAUUCGAGCUAUUGAAACUGCAGCUGGAGGGUAAGCCCCAAGAUCAGGAUGAGGAAUAA